GGGGAGCCGAGAGCGCUGCGCACGGGGCGGGUCAGAGAUCCCUCCGUGAUGGGGGUGCGAGGAGCAGAAGUAACCAGGUGAAAAAGAGGGAGAGGCUGGGAGACGGAUCUGAAAGACCCAUCAGCUUGUGGGGACUUUCACCUGGGACGCCGGCAGGGCCCAGGAAGAGCAGGUUCCCUCCGCGAUGGCCUCGGCACUGAGCUAUGUCUCCAAGUUUAAGUCCUUCGUGAUCUUGUUCGUCACCCCGAUACUGCUGCUGCCACUCAUCAUUCUGAUGCCCGCCAAGUUUGUCAGGUGUGCCUACGUCAUCACUGUCAUGGCCGUUUACUGGUGCACAGAAGUCAUCCCUCUGGCUGUCACCGCUCUCAUGCCUGCCUUGCUCUUCCCACUCUUCAAGAUUAUGGACUCGAAGCAGGUGUGCCUCCAGUACAUGAAGGACACCAACAUGCUGUUCCUGGGCGGCCUCAUCGUGGCCGUGGCUGUGGAGCACUGGAACCUGCACAAGAGGAUUGCCCUGCGCACGCUUCUCUGGGUGGGGGCCAAGCCUGCACAGCUGAUGCUGGGCUUUAUGGGCGUCACGGCCUUUCUCUCCAUGUGGAUCAGCAACACGGCCACCACGGCCAUGAUGGUGCCCAUUGUGGAGGCCGUGCUGCAGCAGAUGGAGGCCACGAGCACAGCCACCGAGGCCAGCCUUGGGGCCCUGGAGCUGGCAGACAAGGGCAAGGCUGGCGAGCUGCCAGGGAACCAAGCAAAUUUCGAAGGCCCUGCCAUGAGGAAGCAGGAGGUUCAUGAGAGGAAGAACGUAUGCAAGGCCAUGACCCUGUGCGUGUGCUACGCAGCCAGCAUUGGAGGCACUGCCACCCUGACCGGGACAGGACCCAACGUGGUACUCUUGGGCCAGAUGCAAGAAUUGUUUCCUGACAGCAAAGACAUCGUGAACUUCGCCUCUUGGUUUGGAUUUGCCUUCCCUAACAUGCUGAUCAUGCUGCUGCUCUCCUGGCUGUGGCUACGGUUUAUUUAUAUGAGAUUCAAUAUUAAAGAGUCCUGGGGCUGCGGGCUGGAGAGGAAGAGUGAAGAAAAGGCUGCGCGAGAGGUGCUAUGGGUGGAGUACAGGAAGCUGGGACCUCUCUCCUUCGCUGAGGUCAACGUCCUGCUCUGCUUCUUCCUGCUGGUCGGCCUGUGGUUCUCCCGGGACCCCGGCUUCAUGCCUGGCUGGCAGUCGAUCACCUGGGUGGAGGGCAAGACAAGUUACACCUCUGAUGCCACUGUGGCCAUCUUCGUGGCCUGCUUGCUCUUCAUCAUGCCUUCUGAGAAGCCUAAGUUCAACUUCUGCAGCCAGACUGAGGAAGAAAGGAAAACUCCAUUUUAUCCCCCUCCGCUGCUGAAUUGGAAGGUGGUCCAGGAGAAAGUACCCUGGGGCAUCGUGCUGCUCCUGGGGGGCGGCUUUGCUCUGGCUAAAGGAUGCGAGGACUCGGGGCUGUCAGAAUGGAUGGGAAAGCAGAUGGAGCCCUUGCAUGCUGUGGCCCCAGCAGCCAUCACCUUGAUCUUGUCCUCGCUCAUCGCUGUGCUCACUGAGUGCACAAGCAACGUGGCCACCACUACCCUGUUCCUGCCCAUCUUUGCCUCCAUGUCACGUUCCAUUGGCCUCAACCCGCUGUACGUCAUGAUCCCCUGUACCCUGAGCUCAUCCUUUGCCUUCAUGCUGCCCGUGGCCACCCCACCUAAUGCCAUUGUGUUUUCCUACGGACACCUCAAGGUUUCCGACAUGAUGAAAACAGGAGUAGUGAUGAACAUAAUUGGAAUUGCCUGUGUAUUUCUGGCUGUCAACACCUGGGGACGGGUCAUGUUUGACUUGGGCAAUUUCCCGGACUGGGCUAAUGUGACCUCACACUGAGACUUUGAAAGAACUGCACAACCACGACCACGGCCCCUGCCCUUCUGAGGACUUCCCGACCUUCCAGUAUACCUCCAAGCAGAGCUUUGGGGUUCGUGACCCAAGGUGACCCCAUGAUGUCCACAGCACACAGAGACCCAACCAAUGGGCCACAUCUUCCUCCAUGCCCAGUGUCACAGCUGGAGACAGGCACCUGGAAGGCAGGCUUGGAAGCAAAGGGAGCCUCCCACAAGGCUGCUGGCGCUCAUCUUUCCUGGGGGCCUGCCGUCAUCUCUGGGAUGAGCAGGGUCCUGCCCCCACUCAGCCUUGAGCUAGCCCCACGGCUGGGCUCUGGUGUCCACUCAUCAUCUAAAUGGGAAUCAGAUCCCAGCUUGGGAGCUGAGAGAAAAACAACCUUCCAGACUCCCAGCUUACCUCGGGCUGCCUCAGAUCAUGCCUGUCACUCGGAAGGGACAAUCCAGCCCAGGAUGAGAACACCUAGUCCUGGGCAGCUUCCCACUGCUGGAGUGAGGUUGGGAAUCAGAGCCUCCUGGGACCCAGGAGUAGGAUGCCACCACCAAAGGACGAGGAAUUUGAGCCAAUAACUUUCAAAUGACACCACCCACAGCACCCCACUGGUAACCUGCUCCAUUUUAACUGACAAUUUGGACCCCUUCCCAGCUCCGUGGGGGCACCCCCUUCUGCUCCUACGGCCCUUUGUUGUGUGGCUGACAUUUGCUGGAAUCCGCCCUUUUCUCCCAGGAGGUCAGUUUGGCUCUUCCGGGAGAUGCUUUUCCUGCCCCCAAACAGCUGGGGUCACAUUCCAAGUAUGGGCAGUGAUGGCUCCUCUGGGGUGGGGACUCUAGUUCCUCCCUCAGCUGCAGGUCCAGAGAAGAUGCUUGUUAACUGCCAAGAGCAGGGCUCCUUCAGAGUUUGUUCGCCAUGCAGAGUGUGGGCUCCUCUGGGGAAAGCCUUCCUCUGCUAAUACAGCAUUGCUGAGAGCAUCUAGUGCUGGGUGGGCCCUGAAGAUGGCCCUUGCUCAUGAAUCAGUCUACCUGACAUUGAUGGGCAAAGACUCCAGAGCAGCCUAAGAGCCUUUAGAACUCCUGUGAGAGACAAACGAGGGACUCCUACUCUGCUACCCGCCGCCAACCCAACUUUCUUUCCUUCUUGCGCUGCUCCACUGAGGGUAUUUUUCAGAGCAGAAGAAAGCAUGGGAACCCAAGGAACCCCCAACCUCAACCCUAGGACCACACAUGUACCACCUGGUUCCCUGGGUGGGAUGAUUCCUGACCGCCCCAUCGGUCUCCCACGGAAGGUGCAGGGCUCCGGCUCGGGCUUUCUGCUGGGUGGGGGGCGGGGGCAGGGGGAUGAGCGAACACUUACUCACUGCCCACCUCCACUGAGCUGGGCCUCCCUGCCUCUGGUGUACCUGCUAGUUAUCUCAUUCGUUGUCUGCAGCAGCCUGUGAGAUAGGCGGGCGUUAUUAACCUCCUCUGUCUUUCAUUAAUUCUGGGGCUCAGAGAGGCCACACUGUGUCCAAAGUCAAACAUCCAGUUAGUGGCAGCUGAGGUUCCAGUCCAGAUCUUCCACUGCCGUGUCCACUGCUGCUUCCUAGCCAUUAAGGGCCUUGGCCUUAUAGGGCCUGUAGGGAAAAGUGGCUGGCCAGCUGCAUAUCCACCCCAAGGCCCUGCCUGCUCAGGGAUCAUCAACAAGAGUGUCUUUCUGCAGCUUCCUCUGAGAUGGGCUCAGGUCAGUCUUUGGACAGACAGGGCUGGUCUUUGCCUAAAGAAGCAAAGCCUUUGUUUGGAGACAGCAGUAUGGAAAUGGCUACCUGCUCCCCCACCAAGGCAGAACUGACCCACUGCUAUAUCAAGCCCCUACACUGCUGCUGCUGACUGCCUCAUCAGUGAGGACUCCCAAGGACUUGCACUGCCCGCUGGGUCCAGUGCUGGCCCUAUGGCGGAUCCACAGCAGGCCACCACAAGUGUGGUUGGUAAAUAAAUGACUGGUCAGUGUGGUCAAUUAGAUCCACGCCUGCUGGCAAUGGCAAGGUCAGUGAAGGUCAUCCAAAGUGGGCAGUGAAGGAUGAGUAGAACUGGCCAGCUGAUGGGGGAGGAUGUGGUGGGGUGGGGGUAAGGGUGAGGGGAUUCUAUCUGAUUGGGGGAUGAAAAGAAAGCUGGGUGGGGUUUCAGGAGAGCAGACCCCAGGUUGAGGAGGCUGACCAAAGGCUGUUUCUAAACUUCUCUGGACGUUGGCUGGAGCGGCACUAACAUUUAUGGUCAGUGCCAAUCAGGAUUACAUUUGGCUGCAAAUGAGAGAAAAACCUAGCUAACAGUGGCUUAAACCAUAAAGGUAUUUAAUGUUUACUUAACAAGAAGUCUGGAGGAAGACAGUUGCUGGCACUGGUCCAGCAGCUCACUUGGGCCACCUAUGGUCCACUCUGCCAUCUUAAGGGCAUCAAGCCUUUACUGUCAUGCUUGACCCUCAUGCUAUACACAUCUGCACUGAAGGCAGCAAGGAAGAAAGGUGUGAGGGACGGGGGCACGAUGGCACCUAAUGCAUCUCUCCUGUUUAUUAGGAAAGCAAAAUCUUUCUCAGAAACCUCUGCAUGCUUCCCUUUGUGUCUUAGUGACCAGAACUAAAUCACAUGCCCACCCUCAGGCCAAUCAUUGACAAAGGGGAACUGGAAUAUUAUGAGACAAAUUAGGACUCAUCUCUCUUUUUCCAUGCAGUUCAGCAGAAACACGUUUCUAGGAAGGAAGAGAGGAUGAGUUUCUCUGGUCAAGGGCUUCACCUCUGCCUUCCUCCCAGAGAACCGCUGGAUUGGGAGGCUGGAGUCUGCGUCAUGGACCAUGCUCAGUCCUGACGUCUGAUACAGAGCAAGUCAGUCUACUCCCUGGGCCUCAGUUUCCAUCAGGAAGAGGCUGGGCUAGGGCACCUGUAAGGGCCUUUCUCCAGAGUCACCUGCCUGGGCCAGGUGCAGCCCCUGCCCCAUCCCCAUGUGUCUCAGCUUAAAGUCUCUUCCAUGGCCCACUCCCUGCCCCCAUCUGGGUCCUAGCCGUUUGCUGAAAGCCCCCAGCCCUUUUUCCCAUUGAUAUUUUGUCUCUUGCACCUUUUGAAGACAUAAGACCCUGAUUUCUCUCUUAGCCUGAAUCAGACAUUUGGGCCCAAGGUUAGCUGAACACAUAAUCCUGCCUAAGAUCACUCCCUGAACUGUUUUCCCAGGCACUUAUGACUCCACAAGGAUCUUAUGCACUCCAGGUUCCUUAUCCUUUGAUCCCAGAAUUGGGAUCCUUCCCCAACCCUCUGUCCUGAGAACUUCCUUAGGGACAGACCUGGGCCUCCUCCUCUGGCAAAGCCAGUGAGCAGGGCACUUCCCUGGGACAGGUAAAGUCUUCUCCCCACCAUCCCUCACACACAAAAGAAUGGGUAGUGAGACUUCUGCUCAGGACUCCAACCAAGGAGUCAGAUCACUAGCACAGAGUCCAAUUCUCAAAAUGAAUAUGGACAUUCUCAGGUAGGAUCCUUGAUGGCAUGUUCUUGUUUGUGGAAAUAAAGACCAAAUGCUGGACUGUCUGGCUAAAAACUACAUAUGGCAGUCCUAUUCUUAGCGCAGAACUCCCACUUCUCGGUACUCUCUCCCUUGGUCCCACAUCCUCUUAAAAGGCUUGUCUCCCAACCUACUAAGGAAAUUUUUUUUUUUUUUUUGUCUUUUUGUCUUUUUUUUGUUGUUGUUGUUGUUGCUAUUUCUUGGGCCGCUCCCGCGGCAUAUGAAGGUUCCCAGGCUAGGGGUUGAAUCGGAGCUGUAGCCACCGGCCUACACCAGAGCCACAGUAACACGGGAUCUGAGCCGCGUCUGCGACCUACACCACAGCUCACGGCAACGCCGGAUCGUUAACCCACUGAGCAAGGGCAGGGACCGAACCCGCAACCUCAUGGUUCCUAGUCGGAUUCGUUAACCACUGCGCCACGAUGGGAACUCCUUUUUUUUUUUUUUUGUCUUUUCUAAGGAAAUUUUUUACACGUUAAUAUAUAUUAUAGAUAUAUAGCCCAUCAAUAUAAAUCUUCCACACCAUGGGAUGGGUUUUUUCAUUCUUCAACAGAAAGCUUAUCAUUUUUGGCUGAAAUCCUUGCAAUGAGAUAGAUAUCUGGUUUAUCUCCCUUGGUGUUCUAAGCCAGGAUUCAGGUUCUCACUUCCCUGCCCCAGGAAGGCCUUCCAGCUGCUUCCUGGAUAUGCUUGUGCAAAUGCCCACUUCCACCCUCAGAGACACUGGCUGCUCCUGGCAGUCUUAGAGCAGCAUUUAUGUCCCUGCGUCCAGCCACCAGGGGUUGAGAAAUAGGACAAUUCAAUCUCAGAAUGCUCUGUUACUCAAGACAUUUUAACUAUUUUUAUAUCUAAAAAGUUGAAAGAAAUUCCAAUAGCACAAAAAAGUAUGGAGACCUGUCCCUCCAGGAUCAGAUUUCGACAUUUGUCUUUUUUUUUUUUUUUUAAGGCUAUACCUGCAGCAUAUGGAGGUUCCCAGGCUAAGGGGUGAAUCAGAGCUGUAGCUGCUGUCCCACACCACAGCCACAGCAACAUGUUAUCCGAGCUGCAAGCUGCGUCUGCGACCUACACCAUAGUUCACGGCAAUGCUGCAUCUUUAACCCAGUGAGCAGUGCCAUGGAUCGAACCCACAUCUUCAUGGAUACUAGUCGGGUUCGUUAACCACUGAGCCACAACAGGAACUCCCAGGAUCAGCCUUUGAGACCUCCAUGCCCCUCCAGAAGGGCAACCACUGUCCAAUAGUUUCUUACAUGUGCUUGCAGAAAUGCUACAUAUACAUUCGGCCUUUGGGAAUUGGUUUCAGGACCCCCAUGGGUACCAAAAUUUUUGGAUGCUCAAGUUCCCUAUGUAAAAUGGCCUCGCAUAGUUGACCCUCCCUAAUCCGUGGUCCUGUAUGGUGACUGGUUGAAUCCAUAGAUGCAGAACUCACAGAUUCGGAGGGCAGACCGUCUGCAAGUUUAGGUGCUAGAAUCAUGUCCUCUUUGUCAAACCGGGAGUAAACUACAUACAUUUCCUGCCCUUGUUUCCACUCCUCCUCCUUAAUUUAGUUGGAGAGUAUUCCACUUCAGGACAUAUUAAGUUCGACCUUUUCCCCUCAUUCAAUAGUUAAAAUUUAAAUUGAGAUACGAUUAAAUUCAGCAAAAUGCACAGACCUUAAGUGUAAAAUUCAAUGAUUUAGACAACUGUAUACAACAUGUAAGCAACACCCCACUUCCAUCUCCUUACCUUAAGAAGCUUCUCUUGUCCCUUCCAGGAGUCUGUACCUUCUUCAAGCAACCACUAUCUGAUUUCUGUCACCAGGGGUUGGUUUUGCCUGUUGAAAUUCAUGUCAGUGGAAUCAUACAGUACAUACUCGUGUCUGAUUUAUUUUGCCUAACAAAAUGCUUUAGAAAUUCACUCCCGUUGUGUGUAUCUAUUCAUUACUUUUGUCACUGUUGCUAAGUGGUGUUCCAGGGUAUGAACACGUCACGAUUUGUUUAUUCUCCUUUGAUGGACAUUUGGUUUGCUCCAGGUGAGGGCUAUCUGAAUAAAGCUGUUUUAAAAUUCUCUGCACAAGUCUUUUUGUGGACCUAUGCUUUCAUUUGUCUUGGUUGUGUGCCGAGGAGAAAGCCUCAGUCUUUUUAAAAAGCUGCAUAGUGUUCCAUUGUAAGUGUAUACCAUAUAAUAAACAAGGCCCCUGUUGAUGGGCAUUUGGGUCAUUUCCAA